UAGCGGUAACUUGCAUGACAGCUACACUUUUGACAGAUGUCAAAGACCAAAACUGUCAACACGAUUUUCCUUUCUUUCCGGUGACUGCUCCAUAGAAGACGCUAAAGAUGUUUAUGCCAAAGGCUCAUCGUGUCGCUAUAUACGAAUACCUCUUCAAAGAGGGUGUUAUCGUAGCCAAAAAGGAUACACAUGCUCCCAAGCAUCCUGAGCUCGAGAACAUCCCAAAUUUGCAUGUCAUCAAAACAUUGCAGUCUCUACACUCUCGUGGCUUGGUCAAGGAACAAUUUGCUUGGAGACAUUACUACUGGUACUUGACCAACGAGGGUAUUGAAUUCUUGCGCAGUUAUUUGCAUUUGCCCCCAGAAAUUGUUCCUGCCACUCUCAAACGUCCCACCAGACCCGAAACUGUGCGUCCCCGCCCAGCUGCUGCUGGUCAACGUACCACUGAUUCUAGCAAAACUGGUGAGGAUCGCUCUGCUUACAGACGUGCUCCCGGUGGUGCUGACAAGAAGGGCGAUGUUGGCCCUGGCGCUGGUGAUGUUGAAUUCCGUGGAGGUUUCGGUCGUGGUCGCCCCCAAUAAAUGUUAGUGGACACCGGUUGGUGAUUGUGCGUAUAUCACCUUAUCAACCUAAUUAGAUGUAAAUCUUUUUAAUUGCAUAAAAAGAGGUUUUCUAUUUUAAAUGAUAACAAGAAAAAUAUAAAAAGAGAAAAAAACACUAAAAAAAGCUGGCCAUUCGUUUUGUGAUUUAAUUGAAGAACAAGAAGUGCAAGAUAGUGUUUGUUAGAUUUCACCAUAAUUAAAACUAUGAAUGUGUUGUUGGAACUCCCACAAGUUUUGUUUACUUUUGGGAAAUGUAAACAAAUUAAAAAUAUGAUAACGUG